UGGCUGUUUAUUAAGUUGAAAUACUUCUAGUUUGUUUUUGUUUAAUUUGAGUAAUUUUCAAAAUGUUUUUAGUAUUUUUUUCACAAAGACUGAAAAGAGACAUACCUUUGAAUUUGGAAAGAAACUCCGAAAUCUGCAUUUUGUAUGAAUAUGCAACAUAAUCUACAUGUUUAAUGUAGAUGUAGUUUCAAUAGUAUAAAGUAAAUCACUAAUUUCAUUUACUGCAUGAUACUUCUUUGUGUAAUAGUAGCUAUUAAACCAUCUCGAAACAAUUAUUGCCCAAACUAAAUAAAUGAAAUUGCCAUGUACGAAAGAUGUAAAAGAAUAUUAUAUAUGAUAGAAUAUAUUCUUGUAAAAACAGGUGAAUAUAUGUACAUGUGCACAUAUAUACAUUUGAUAUGUCGAUCUUGCCACUGUUGGACAGCUGAAUAGGAAUGUUAUUUCAGGGCUGGAUAUUUAAAUCAAAGAGCCUGGUUCUGAAAAGUUUCCAAGUCAGAAGCGUUCCAGUGCAUCUGCAUCCUGUCACCAUGGAAACCACAACCACAGCCAUCACCACUGCACUAUCCUCAGCGGUUAUUUCCACACAGCCAACAUCUUGGGAACAGUGGGAACUUACAUGUAAUAACACGGAUGUUUCCUUGAUGCCUCUGAACAACGGGUCUAACGUGACACUGGCUGAGCCACCGAUGGGCUUAGGCGCAGUCGUCAUCUUCAGCUUUCUCAUGGUGUUGAUGAUAAUGAUUGCUGUGCUAGGAAAUUGCAUUGUGUGCUUGAUUGUGUACCAGAAGCCAGCCAUGCGAUCUGCCAUUAAUCUGCUCCUAGCAAACCUUGCCUUUGCGGACAUCAUGGUUGCGGUGACCUGCAUGCCCUUCGCGCUCAUUGCUCUCGUACUGGGUGAGUGGAUCCUAGGAGACAUCAUGUGCAAGAUAACCGCAUUUCUCUAUUUUCUAUUCAUCACAGAGGCUACAUUUAUUCUUGCCACGAUAUCGGUGGAUCGUUACUUCAUCAUUGUUCACCGCAAGGACAAGUUGAAUCCACACAGGGCCAAGCUUCUGAUACUGUUAUCUUGGUUCUGUAGCUUUGUGGUGGCGUUUCCUCCUAUCAUUGGCUGGGGCAAGUAUGCAUUCCCCAGGGGGCCUGGGCCUCCACAGUGCUGGGUAGAAAUGGAUCUGUCAUCCGACAAAGUAUACUACAUCAUGCUCAUGUUAGCUGUGUUCUUCAUUCCAUUCACAGCGAUGCUUUUCUCGUACUUCUUCAUCCUCAACACAGUGAGACGCAACUCGCUGCGGAUACAGAACCAUCCAGAGUCUCUCAGCAUUAGUCAAGCCACCAAGCUUGGGUUGGCCGGCUUACACAGACCUUCCCGCGUUAACGUUGACAUGAGCUUCAAGACUCGAGCAUUUACGACCAUUCUACUUCUUUUUAUCGUGUUCGUCGUCUGCUGGGCUCCUUACGCCAUCAGCGGACUCGUCUACCAUUUUUCGUCAUGGACAGGAGGUAAUGUGAUGCACACUAUUGUGUUGUGGCUCACGUACCUCAACUCCGCGUUCAAUCCUAUUAUUUACUGCUGGCGUAUAAAAAAGUUUCGGGAAGCAUGCCGCGAGCUGGCCCCAAAGACAUUUAAGCUCUUGCCCCACUUGCCCGGAAGGACAAGGCGCAGGAUUCGACCAAGUGCAAUGUAUGAGUGUAAUCAGCAAUCAUCAGUAUGACAUGCCAACUCGUUAGAUAGCUUUACAA